CAAGCCCAGCCUUAGAGGGGUCUUCUGCAACUGCCCUGCCUGCUGUCCAGUUUUCUGAGCAGGUCCCACUGACAUCUCCUUCCCUGAAGCCCUUGCAGAUGGAUGAAGAAGACAGCCUGUCUCCUCACCUCCUGCUGCCAGACAGCAUCAGCCAGCUGGAAGAGUUUGGAAGGCAAAAGAAAUGGCACAAAAAGCAGCACAAACACCAUCGCCAGAGGCAAUUCAAUGACCUCUGGGUUCGGAUAGAAGACAGCACCACUACAUUGCCUUCCUAUAUCAGAAUAACCAACGGCUACAUCACAGUCAAACCCCCCAUUUGGAUUUCAAACCGUCUGGAUCAGAGACCACGUUCAGAUCACCCAUCCCAGCCUCAGCCUACAAGCUCAGCUUCAACCAGCAUUUUGUGGCCAUCAAUAACUUCUCCUUUCUGUGUGGCCAUAGCUUCUUUUCUUCUGAAUCUACUGCAGCCUUCCUGACCACAUUAGUAUUACGUGCAAUCCCUUGGAAUAGAGAAGAGAGAUAAUUUAUGAAAGUGGAGGUUAUGACAGCAUUUACAAACUGAACCUACUCAGUGAAUCAGUAGUGCCUUCUAGCUGAUUUUGUCUCUUUGCCCAGAUACAUUUUGAAACUCUAAAGCUUUAUUGUAACACUGACUUACAUCUUCUUUUUGUAGAAGGAUCUUUAUUUCCCAUAGUGCUAUGGGGUUUUGUAAAAUAUACAUGUUCAUAUAAAGAAAAAAAAAGAAAAAGAAAAAUGUAUUUAUUCAACUAGUAAACUUAUUUUUUCUUGAUGUAUAUGUUAACAUCCCUAUUAAUCAGUAGCGAUGGUGAAACAGAUAAAUUAAUAUUUUCUAUAUUUGUUUUCUAACUGACAACUCUGCAAGUGUCUGAACGGACACCCAAAGAAUGGCUUGUAUGUUUCUUUAACCAUUACUUUUUACAGCAGUUGUCCAAUAAGUACAUUUCUGCUAAAUUUCUUUGUUUUUGUUUUAAUUCUAAUUAGCAUAACUUAUACUGAAUAAAACACAUGCUGCUGUCUUGGCCUAUUCCAGUUAGAAAAAUAGGUGCUAUUUUUAUUGCAAAAUAGCUACUGCAACCUGUAAUCUCAGAUAUUUUUAUAGGAUUUAGUAAGUCAUUAGUCAAGAUAACACACCAAGCUUACCUGUUGUCUUUAAUUCAAUUAUUUAACUUAUCACAGAAUUACCAGUUUCCCUCUUUGCCCUGAUAUUAAUUAGCUAACUCGAAUUAAGACAGGCUUUUCUUAAUGAAA